UCUUCCGGACUUCCACCAGCUGAUGUAAACAUGGAGGGAAGGAACACCGGAAUGCCCCUGGACCUGGCGUGGGUGCAUGGCGUGCGCAUCAACCUGCCAUCCGUGAAGCGGCGGGCGGAGUCCCUGGGGGCGCGGCGGUGUGUCAAGAAGCAGUGGCAGGCCGCCUGGCUGCUGCGGGCCGUCACCUGCAUCGACCUCACCACUCUCUCUGGUGACGACACAAACAUCAACGUGGAGCGGCUGUGUCACAAGGCGGCCCACCCAGUGCGACACGACCUGCUGGCGGCGCUGGGCAUGGAGGAAAGUGGCCUGCAGUGUGGCGCUGUGUGUGUCUACCCAGCUCGUGUGGCAGGCGCUGUGGCCACACUUAAACGGAUUGGUGCUGACAUCCCUGUGGCUGCUGUGGCUACCGGCUUCCCUUCUGGCCAGUACCACCUCAAGACCCGCCUGGAGGAGGUGCGGCUGACGGUGGCGGACGGGGCAAAGGAGAUAGACAUUGUGAUCAACCGAGAGAUGGUGCUGAGUGGAAACUGGCAGGGCCUCUAUGACGAACUGGUGGCAAUGCGUGGGGCGUGUGGGGAGGCCCACAUGAAGGCCAUCCUGGCAGUGGGGGAGUUGGGCAGCCUCACCAACGUGUACCGAGCCUCCCUGGUGGCGAUGAUGGCCGGGGCAGACUUCAUUAAAACGUCCACAGGCAAGGAAGGUGUCAACGCCAUCCUUCCUGUCGGCCUGGUCAUGUGUCGCGCCAUCAGGGAGUUUUAUCAGAGGACUGGGAUCAAGGUCGGGUUCAAGCCUGCCGGGGGUCUGAGGCAGGCCAAGGAUGCUCUGGUGUGGCUUAUUCUCAUCAAGGAGGAGCUUGGCAACGACUGGCUCAACAAUCAUAUGUUUAGGAUCGGCGCCUCAGGUCUUCUAGGGGACAUUGAACGGCAGCUGUUUCACUAUGUCUAUGGUCGUUAUGCUGCCUCAUCUGAGCUGCCCAUGGCCUAGUGGUGGUGCUGGUGGUGCUGGUGGUGGUGCUGUUUUGAUGCUGUGAUGUCCUUUUGAAGUGUUUGUGUGUUUGUUUGUUUGUUUGUGGGGUGGUUGUGUGUGUGUGUGUGUUUAUGACAUGUUUGUGGUAUCUAGUUUGUUCUGUUUCUUUUUUUGUAAUUUUUGUUUUGUUGUGGGUGCUGCUAACAUGACCACAGCAUCCCUGUGUUGCCUGGCCUUGCUGGGGUCACAAAGGUCCCUCUGUGCCUCCCAGGUGUUCUCUAUAACCAUCCUCUUGGGACCUUACAGACAGACUGGUAUAAAAAUUAAUAGAGAUUAGUUUUUUUUUUUUUUUCUCAGGUGAAGUUUUAUUAGUAAUGCUGUGUUAGUUUGUGUGUGUGUUUGUUUUGCUCUCUGUUUUUUUAUGCUGUGUUAUUUUGUGUGUUGCCCUUUUUUUCAUUUUUUUUUUUCUUUUUUAUGUUUUUCCUGUUCCAGUUUUCUUUUUUUUUUACUAGAUUUAAUAUUUGUCCUAUCUUAAUCCUGCUUUUCUUGUUUUUGUUUUGCGUUUUUCUUUUCCUAGGUUUGUUGUUUGUCAUAUUCUAAUCCUGCUGUUCUCUCUCUCUUUCUCUCUCUUUCUUUUUUUUUGCUUGUGUUGAGUUUUGAUUGUUGCUUCUUAAUUCCCAUUUGUUUUUGUUUAAUUAAAAUUACGUGCAUUUGUUUUUUGUCUCAUUCUGGUUCUUUGCAUGGUUAUUUUGUGUUGCAUUUGUGUUACAUGCUCAUUUUGUGCUGGGUAUGUUCUGUGUUACAUUCUGUGUUACCUCCACCUCAUUUUCAGGUUCUCUUAUUGCAUGGUUUGUUUGUGUUGCUUGUAUUAUAACCUUUUGUUCUAAAUAUGCCAUAUGUUGCAUUUUCUUCUGUUAUCUGCUUUUUUUUGAGGUUCUCUUGCAUUGUUCUUUAGUGUUUUCCGCGCUUCCUUCGUGCUGGGUAUACUGAAAUUCGAGUCCCUUCUUAACUUCAAACUCUUCCUCUUUUAACUACAAGCCUCUUUUCAGCACCAAGCUUCUUCCUUCUCAUCUCCAAACUCUUCCUCUUCUUAUGACUCAAAGCCUCUUUUAAACUUCAAUCUCCUUCCUUCUUAUCUCCAUACUCUUCCUCUUUCGCUUAACUCCAGCAUCGUUCCUCUUCCUCUUGCUCUUCUAACUUCAAGGCUUCCCUGACCUCUAAGCUUUUCUGACCUUCCAUCUCCUUCCCUUAAACUCACUAAGUGUUCUUCUUUAUGCGACUCCAGUUUCCCUCCUCUUUAUUCCAAAUGUUCCUCCUCUUGAAGCUCCUCUUUCUCUUGUUCCAGGCUUGUUCUUGUGCCUGUUCCAUGCUUCUUAAUUUUUUCUCCAAUGCUCUUCUAACUUAAUGCCUCGUCCUUUUUUAUCUCCGAGUGUCUCAAGUCCUGCUUACUCCUCAUCAAACUGUAUUUUCUCCAUAGCUCUUCCACUUAAAGCCUCUCCCUCUUUGUUCAGUUUGCUCAUCUAAUUCCAGGCUUCUUUCACCACCUCCCUCUUAACUACAGAAUGAGAGCACGUAGCAACACAUUCCUAGCAAACAUUCAAGGCAUAUUCCCGGCAAGUCUUCACAAGUCACUGCCGCAGACUGUGGUAAUGUUCCUGUGUGCCAAACCAUUACGUGUUGCUCAUUUAGUCUUACGUAACCUGCCUGGUGGUGUGUCCGGGAGGCUGCAGUGUUGGGUGCCCCUACGAGGUGUUCUGGGUAGCGUUUGCAUGUUGAAGUGGUGCAUUUUGGGACCAUUUCAAGCUUGUUUUUAUUGGUGAUUUAUAUUUUGAAGUUGUUUGGUUGAGGUCAUUUGGUGUCGCUCAGCUGUUUGUGUAUGUAUAGUUUUUAGUAUGGAUAAACAAGAGUUCAGUGUUGUAUAAUUCUGUAUCAGGCAGAAGAUACACAGUUUGGUGAACAGGAAGAGUUAAGAGUAAAAUUGUGUCCUCUAAUGACUAAGAAGACUUGAGUUGGUCUGGCAUGAAGAGGCAGACGUGACAGGGUAAUUCUGUGCCUCUCAGAGAUAAAGAUCACAGUCUGUCUCUUCCACUCAGAAAAAUACAAAUGGUUUAUCUUUGGUUAUGAUUAAAAUUGUAUCAUAUAUUUGAACAAGUUUAUAGUAUUCAAUCUAUAUAUUUUUCCCAUACCAUUUGCGUAAUUUUGUGACAUUCCAGUUCAUUUAUUAUGUUGUAAAAAGAAAUACAUGCAACUGU